AUGAGUGAAGGCAGUGGGUCAGCAUCACCAGCUCCAAGAGCUUCCCCUGGGGAGCUCGGCCCUGGAGGAACGAGGCCGAAACGAGCGAUUCGUCCAACCGCAAAAGCUCUACUUGCCCGGGAACAGUCACCGGAGGGUUGGGAACAUGGGGGUGGCCGGAGAUCACAGCCCUCCCGGCCAAUCCGAACCUCAUCAGGUGCUCGCCCGCAAAUCAAGCUCAAGAUGAAGGCUUCAGGGGGAGGUACUGCCGCAGGAACCGGACAAGGACCCAAAACACAAGCUUACAUGCAGAGUUACGAUCGCGAGCUCGACUCCGAAGAUGAUGAGACGGGUCAAGGACUUGCGUUUGAGGAGCAGCUCAUCUUUCGUAUGCCCGUAGGGCCCGAAUGCGACAAACUCAGAGACAGCAUCCAAAAGCGGCAGCUCGGUGACGAUGUGUGGUUCAAAUUCAAAGACUCGAGGAGAGCUGUUGUCCACGUCGGCGACUCGCUCUUUUCGGCCAAACUUGUCGAUUUACCCACCAUCACGGAAUCACACAAGACCCUCGACAACCGCCAAUUUUUCAAGGUCGCUGACAUUGCACAGAUGCUCGUUGUGGAAGGCAAAAUCGCCGACGAGUCCCAAGCAUCAUCCGGUGGCGGCGGGAAAGGUUUCAACAUCGACGAUUUCAUCUACCCUCACGGCAUCACACCUCCUAUGCAAUGGGCCAGGAAACGACGUUUCCGCAAACGGGCUGCGCGCAGAGCCAUUGAAACAACCGAAAAGGAAGUUGAACGACUCCUCAAAGCUGACAAAAAGGCGGAGCAGGUAGAGUAUGAAAUGAUUGACGCUGCGGAUGAAGGGGGCUCAGAAGAAGAUGAAGACGAGCAGCGAGGCGGUCAAGCUCGACGUGGUGCCACCUCGCCCGGCGGAUCGCAGGCGGAGACACCUAUGCCUGACGGCUCAGACGUCGGCUCGCAAGACGAAGGUGCCGACGAUGGUGGCGAAGAUGGUGAAGGCCAAGGGCAUCGCCGCCGCACCGACAUGGACGAGGACGGAGGACAGCAUGGCUAUGAUGAUCAAGAUCUCGACGAAGACGACGUGGAUGAGGACCUAGCAGCUGAACUUGACGCCGCACUCGAGGAAGAGGAAGACGAUGAUGACGACGGCUCAACACGAGGUGCUAAUAGCGAGGCACAGAGCCGCGGCAGUGACCAGGAAGACCUUUGGGAUGACGAUGACGAUGACGACGCAGACGAGGCGGACGAAGAGGACGAAUACGAAGAAGACGAAAAUGAUGAGGAGAAGGAACAACGCGUUCGAGAAGCGCAACUUGAAGCAGAGUGUCGCGAGCUCGAGACACUCGUCCGCAGGAAGCAGGCCGAUGUCGACGGUACCAUGAACCUCAUCAUCAAAAAUCGUCAUCAGCAAGCACUCCGUAAACUCGCCACGGAACGUGACAUGAAGCGCAAUCAGCUGGCUGACCUCAAACAGACGCGAAAAGAGCGCAAGGAGGCAAGCCAAGCUGCAGCAGCGUCAGCAGCAGCUGCUGCUGCUGCAGAAACAGAAGAGGCUGCCGGUGCCUCGUCCCACGCUGACGCCAACAUCCAGUCCCGGGCGGGAGAUGACUAUAUCAUGCAACCACUGGGGCAUUCACAACCAAGUGUCACUGCAAGCCUCUCAUCGAGCGCCACGGCAGAUGCCGUCGCUAGGGAUGAUCCACCGAAGACGCCAUCACAAAGCCGAGGUAUGCCACCUCCGGCUCUGCCAGCAAGCCGGAACGCUUCUCAACCUUCAACAACUGCUACUAGGCCUGAAGCGUCCAUUGCACAGUCACAAGAAGGCGGCGGCGAUCUUUGGGAUGAUGACGAAGAGGAGGAAGAGUGA